GGCCGCCAGUGCCGGUCAGGGCCAGGUUAGGAGAGGUCGUCCCUGAACUCUUCCCCUACGUUUCUUCUUGAUCUUCCCUGAAUCUUCCACAUCCACGUAGCGAGAAGACGUCUCUGUCAUCAUGGGAGGUGGAGACCUGAAUUUGAAGAAAAGCUGGCACCCACAGACCCUUCGCAAUGUGGAGAAAGUGUGGAAGGCCGAGCAGAAGCAUGAGGCAGAGCGGAAGAAGAUUGAGGAACUGCAGCGGGAACUGCGAGAAGAGAGGGCCCGGGAAGAGAUGCAGCGCUAUGCUGAGGAUGUUGGGGCUGUCAAGAAAAAAGAAGAAAAGUUGGACUGGAUGUACCAGGGUCCUGGUGGGAUGGUGAAUCGUGAUGAGUACCUGCUCGGGCGCCCCAUUGACAAAUAUGUUUUUGAGAAGAUGGAGGAGAAGGAGGGGGGAUGUUCUUCUGAGACAGGACUCCUUCCGGGCUCUAUUUUUGCUCCGUCUGGUGCCAAUUCCCUGCUUGACAUGGCCAGCAAGAUCCGGGAGGACCCACUCUUCAUCAUCAGGAAGAAAGAGGAGGAGAAAAAAAGAGAGGUAUUGAACAAUCCUGUUAAAAUGAAGAAAAUCAAAGAAUUGUUGCAAAUGAGUUUGGAAAAAAAGGAGAAGAAGAAAAAGAAGGAGAAGAAAAAGAAGCACAAGAAACACAAACACAGAAGCUCGAGUAGUGAUCGCUCCAGCAUGGACGACGAGCCCAGCCGGGGGAGAUCUCAAAAGAAGAUGGCAAAUUCCUUUCCUGCUUUGUCUAAAGUCCCUGGAUAUGGCUUACAGGUCAGGGACUCUGACCGUAACCAGGGACAACAGGGUACUCUGAUGGCUGGGCAGAAGGGAGCGUAUGGGAUGAAGAACCGUUCCCGGUCUAGAAGCUCCUCGAACUCACCCCUUAGAAAUACCGGCAGGAAGAGCAAUAGGGAAGCAGGGUCCCGGGACAAGAGGUCUCGAUCCCUAGGCAGAAGGUCACGGUCCCCAAGGCCCAGCAAACUGCACAACUCUAAGGCAAACAGGAGAGAGAGGGACCAGACUAAGAGCCCAUCACCUAAAAAGGAGGUCUAUCAGAGGCGGCAUGCUUCUGGAUAUACCAGAAAACUCUCAGCAGAGGAACUGGAACGAAAACGGCAGGAGAUGAUGGAAAAUGCUAAGUGGAGGGAAGAGGAGAGGCUGAACAUCCUCAAAAGGCACGCUAGGGAGGACGAACGGGAACGGAGGCUGGAGAAGCUAGACUCCCGGGAUGGGAAGUUCAUCCACCGCAUGAAGCUAGAGAGUGCAUCUACUUCCUCCCUGGAGGAUCGGGUGAAACGGAAUAUCCACUCUCUACAGAGAACCUCAGUGGCUCUGGAGAAGAACUUUAUGAAAAGAUGAAAACCAUUCUUUUUCUUAUUGGUUUUCCUGAAUUUUUCAGGGAGGCUGCUAACCCCUUAAAAAUUCUCUUUAUAAGAGUUCAGUGACUUCUUCCACAGAUUUCAAACCACCACUGUUCAAAGUGACCCUCGUCCAUCAAUUCCUGAAAUACUUUGCUUCCUUUGUGAAUCAGUGUGACCUGAUUAUGAGAUCCUAAGUAGCUUUUGCAGUAUGCAGAGUGGGUUUUGACUCUGUUUUAAUGGGCAGGCACUGAGCCAUACCAUUGGGAAUAUUCAUCUUACUCUGGAAGGCAGCCUGCUGGGUUUGUGAUGCUCAUGACACCUCUUUCCUCACACUUGUGUGAAUAGACCUAUUUCACUGCCUCAGGAUAGAUCAUACCAUUCUGAUCUCUCUCCAGAGCCACUUGGAUAGAUUGUGCUAACUGGGAUACAUGAAUUUAUUUGAUCUAGUAAAUAAUAUAACAGAAUGAUGUCAGAUUAGGGAACAGCCAAGAGAGUGACAAAGGACCUGGAAGAGAAUACAAAAAGCUCUAAGUGAACUGUUAACUAUUUGGUUUGUAAAAGUAUAAUGUGUAUAUGUACAAAUGUAUAUUUUUUUACAUGCUUUUAAAAAAAAGUUUAGCUUUGUGAGAGUA